AUGAUGGCCCUCUCGGCGGCGCGGACGGCCCAUGCCGGCAACAGCGGACUCCAGGCCGGCGUGGCAAGGGCCGAGCGUCGAGUGGCCCUCAUGGUAGUAGUCAUGGGACUGACUUUCCUGCUGGCCUGGACGCCCUACUCGGUCAUGGCCCUGAUUGUGGCCUUCGGUGACCCUACCCUGGUGACCCCCGGGGCCGCGGUAGUGCCAGCUAUCUUCGCCAAAUCGUCGUGCAUGUAUAACCCAAUUAUUUACGUGGGACUUAACACUCAGUUCCGAUCAGCGUGGUCUCGGCUCUUGUGUUGUCGCGAGGAGGAGCACACGUUGGCUCACGGUGGACAGACGACAGAGAAGGUCAGUUUGACGGUCUUCACUGAGCAGAGUCCACAACCGGAAUCGUUCAAGCAUCGCUCUCAUGUCGCUCCUCUGCUUCCUCCUCUCGGUGCUCUGAUAGCAUGCGCUUCUAAAGGAAUUAGAAAAAAUCAUAUUCUUCAUCAGGCCACACAGCUGCUCCCGACGAGGAAAGGCUUCACUGCUUCUUGCCAAGGAUCUCUUUUUCUAUAUUAG